AUGUACCGUAGAAUAAUAUUUGAUGACGACAACAGGAAUGAUGACGAAGUUAUUGCGAUGCAACGACUUGGAGUCAGUGAAUCAUCAGCCUGUCGUUACGUUCACCAAGUUUGCAGAGCCAUAGCGAGGCAAAGGCCAAAUUUAAUUUCAUUCCCAACUAAUGAAAUUGAUGAAAAGAGGGUAGUCAAUGGAUUUUACAGACUCAGUAGAUUUCCAAGGGUAGUAGGAGCUGUUGAUUACACCCACAUAAAAAUUCAGUCACCAGGUGGAGAUAAUGCAGAAAUUUUUAGAAACCGGAAAUGUUGGUUUUCUAUAAAUACCCAAUGCAUUUGUAACCCAUGGCUCAAAAUUAUGGACAUAGUGGCGCGAUGGCMAGGAUCAUGCCAUGAUCAAAUAAUUUUUGAUAACUCGAAUAUUAAACAUAAAUUUGAAACAGGAGUCAUAAAAGGUUACCUGUUAAGUGACGUUGGCUAUGAAGUUAAGCCCUACCUUAUGACUCCUCUUCUCAACCCUACCACGCGAAGCCAGCAAUUUUAUAAUGAGAGCCACAUCAGGACAAGAAAUGUAAUUGAAAGGUAA